UUUCUCGAUGCUCAUCGCGUUAGCUGCUCAGCUGGGCUCUCCCAACUCGUCUGCCACAGUGUGUGGUGGUGAGUCGAUGUGUCUUCCGGAGGGACGGGCUUGACCCUCUCAUGACCAUCGGCCCCUCAAUUCUCAAUCCUCAGCCUCAGGGGGGUCCGCGCCCGUCCGUGUUGGGGAUUUCAUCGGAGCGAUGGGAUGGCCCAUGGCCCAAAAGGAUCGCUCGAGGCACCGUUGGCCAGCCAGAACGGGCCCCAUACGGCCGGCGCCAUUGGCUGCUUGUGGUUCCUGUUGCUCGCGGCGUGCUGCAGAUGCACGACCUGCAGCAUGCUGGUGCAGGAAGUAGGGGGUUCCUUGAGAGAGACAUUCGCUCACCAUUUUCGAAGGGAUCCAGUCAGAGCCACGCAACUUGGGCCGCAGCUCGAUGCCAGAUUCCCAGUGGCCGCUGGCGCAAGUGUGUCCACAGGCGUUCCCACAGGGGCCUAGCACUCCCGCCCUACUCCGUAGUGCACUGUGGGCUCGUGGUAGUGCCCUCUCUUCACUGGCUCUCAUCACUGCCAGCAUGACAAGCAAUCCCCCCGCCAAUCCCAGCAACGGCGUAGCGGCGACGCAAGGGCCGCAUCAGCAAUUGAGCUGCAACCGUGCAACAUGGCCGCUUGGCCCCAAUUUCCGCCGAAAUUAGCAGCAGCCAAUGGACCCUGUGGUGGUGUUUCAUCUGCCCUGUCACCGGGUCUGCACGUGCAGGUCAUGCCUCAACCGGUUGCAGUGCCGCAUUCCAUUGCUUGUCCGCCCCGCUGAUGUCAGCGAGAGACCGAGGACUCAGGGUAUGGGGAUAGCAUGGGGAUGGCAUGGGGGACAAAGAUGGGAUGAGGGAGUGUUUUAAUGGACAUCAUGUGACUUCCCGUUAUUGUCG